AUGGAGCUGUAUGCCGAGUCCAUCGAGAAUGCUGUCGCUUCCUGGAAGACCGUCCAAGGUCUCCCAGACUACAAGACCCUUGUAGGCGAAUUGCUAUUUCGAGAGAUAUUCAAAAUAUCCCCAGGUGCCAUCAACAUGUUCGCGUUCGGAGAAGGAGUAGACUGUUAUAAUCUACCCGAAACACUGUUCAACCUUCCAGCAUUUCAAAGCCAUACCAAUGGUGUCGUCACAAUGCUAGAAACAGGGCUCGAGAUGAUGCUGGGAAAUAAUAUGGAGUCUUUGGCAGAGGCAUUGAGUAGUCUUGGUGAAAAACACGUUACAUUCGGAAUUCAGCCACCCCAUUACAUCAUUGUUGAGUCGGCUUUGAUCAGAACUCUAGAGGUAGGAUUGGGGGAGAACUUCAUUGCAUCUCUACGAAAAGACUGGCAGGCUGUGUUUAGAUUCAUAUCUCGAACCAUGAUGAUGGGUUCAGAGAAUCGUGUUGAGAUUGUUAAAUCAAAACGGAGAAGUGCAGAGCAGAAAAAGGUUGCAACACUGCGACUGCACUCCAUCUCACCGGGACAGCGAAGCAAAGCCCUCACGCGGCAUAGUCGGACUGACUUUGGUCGUUUUGAAGGAGAACCUAAAGGUAAACAUCGUCGAAGAGGUACCAGCAGCGACCCUCCACAUAAGCCAAUGAGGAAAGGCACGGAGGAAUCGCUUCGCCGUGCCCGAAGUGUGUCCCUACAUCUGGAUGACGAUGAUUGCCCUGCUUUGGAUGACGAUGAUUGCCCCGCGUUGGAUGACCUGACGAUAGAUAUAACUGCGGAAACAAGAGCCAUGACUGUAUCAGACCACGAUGAGUCUGACAACGCUGAGACCAUCUGGGCAUGGGGUAACGAUACCAAUGUGGAGCCCCCAAAGAUGCCGCUACGGUCGCCUAGUCCAAAAGACCCACCAAGAAAGGUGCAUGGGUCGCCGCCUCGUGUGCCAUUGCUUGUCCGAAACAACUCGUUCGAUUCUGUAAGCACGUUGGGAUCACUUGAUUUUGCACCGCAUUUUCCAAAGCGACUUAGAUCACCAACACGAGAACUCAGAAAGCCGUUGACAUCGGCACAUCAUGUGGAACAAGGUCGAAAGAGCUCCUUCGAUUCUAGGAGCACGUUGGAAUCCUUCGACUCCCCACCGCUUUUUCCAAAACGAUCGAGCUCACCAACGCGAGUACCAGCUUUGUUGCAUUUUUCUUCCACGUUCACUAAACUUUUAGGAGAAUCGUACUAA